AUGUCAAGGAGGGAGGCCAAAGGGGCACCGGCAAUGCCAGGAGUGGGGCCUAGCCAGGCUAAGGCCAAAGCACGGCUUCUGUCCGGCACUGACAGGAAGAGGAGCCGCCUCAGCAGGACAAGGCAGGACCCGUGGGAAGAAACCAGCUGGAGCAACCAAAGAUGGAGCAGAGCUGCCCCUAGCCCUCAAGGGGCCGGGGCCAGGGCUAGGGGCCUGGCUCGUGGCAGGAGUGAGGCCAGUCCUGAGAAUGCUGCGCGGGAGCGGAGCCGGGUGAGAACACUGCGCCAGGCCUUCCUGGCCCUGCAGGCCGCUCUGCCUGCCGUGCCACCUGACACUAAGCUCUCCAAGUUGGAUGUGCUGGUGCUAGCCACCAGCUACAUAGCCCACCUCACCCGCACGCUCGGCCACGAAUCACCUGGCCCCGCCUGGCCACCCUUCCUGUGUGGGCUCUGCUACUUGCACCCUCUCAAGAAGUGGCCGAUGAGAUCUUGUCUCUAUGCUGGAGGCCUGGGGUGCUCUGGCCUUGACUCCACCACAGCCACUGCCUCCAGCAAAAGAAUGAGGGAUGCAGAGGUGGGGUCCCAAGUCUCUGGAGAGGCAGAUGGUCUCCUUUCCACCAAGCCAUCCUCACCAGCUCUUGGUGACAAAUGA